CUGGCUAGCUACAACUCAGCUUCAUAUAUGUCUCUUCCUCCUGAAGACCCCAACAACCGUACUCCUAUAGAAUCUGGGAGCUGCCCAAAUCUUACCCUAGAAUCACUUGAUGAUUUAUGGCUGCUAAUUCUACAAGAAACCUCGACCGGCAACAAUGAGGGUCCCAGUGGAAGUGUCUUUCUUGAGCAGCAAGACCAAUAUUUAGCACGGACCGAUCAAUACCCGAGCUUUCCCGAACGUGACAUCUUAUUGCACCCACCAGAAAUUCCUGGUGGCGCUUUGCAGAAGAUUACAAUCCCCGGAGAAUGCAGCACAUCAUCAUCUUUAGCAGCUGAUACUGUAGAAGGAAACAAUGACACGAACGUCGAGUUACUGCUUGAGUUGGCCAAGUCAAGAGAACUAGGAGUGGCCAGAAGCAGCAAAUCAGUGAUGAGCUCUGAAAUGACUGAAAUGACAAUCGGGAUGAUCAGAGAGAAUAAGAAGGAAGAGCACAAUGCCAAGGAGAGCAUGAGGAGGAAGAAUCUCAAUGCCUGCUACUGGACACUAGCUGAUUUGCUCCCUCAUUCUCCUUCAUCCAAGAAGAUACGGGGUGCGCCGGCUAUAAUUGAUGGGGUACUUGAGUACAUUCCAGAGAUCGAGAAGGAAAUCACGGAGCUAACCUCCAGAAGAAAUAUGUUAUCCGCGAUUGAUCAAAACAAGCAAUUAGUUACCGAGGAUACCUCUCACACAACGCCGGAAAGUAACAAUGGGCGUCUGACUAUUUCAGUGCAUGAAAUUACUAAAGGUGAACUCAUCCUUCAGAUAUGUAUGAAGAGGGACUGGCAAAAUCCCCGUGUUUCCAGUCUUUUGUGGAAUUUAGAAGCCAAAGGCAUUAGCAUUUUGGAUGCCUCCACUGUUGAAGUUCCGCAUGAUCGAGUCUGCUUCCAUUUGAACAUCCAGAUGAAUGCAAGUUCAUAUGGAUCUGAUUAUAUCCCAAUGUUCAAAGACUAGAUAAGUUUCUGGUUAAUUCGUGAUUCUUGA